AACGCCCUGUGGGCAGAACGCCCUGUGGGCAGAACGCCCUGUGGGCAGAACGCCCUGGGGGCAGAACGCCCUGGGGGCAGAACGCCCUGGGGGCAGAACGCCCAGGGGCAGAACGCCCUGGGGCAGAACGCCCUGGGGCAGAACGCCCUGGGGGCAGAACGCCCUGGGGGCAGAACGCCCUGGGGCAGAACGCCCUGGGGCAGAACGCCCUGGGGGCAGAACGCCCGGGGGCAGAACGCCCAGGGGCAGAACGCCCUGGGGCAGAACGCCCUGGGGGCAGAACGCCCUGGGGUCAGAACGCUCUGAGGCAGAACGCCCUGGGGCAGAACGCCCUGGGGACAGAACGCCCUGGGGGCAGAACGCCCUGGGGCAGAACGCCCUGGGGGCAGAACGCUCUGGGGCAGAACGCCCUGGGGUAGGACGCCCUGGGGCAGAACGCCCUGGGGGCAGAACGCCCUGGGACAGAACGCCCUGGGGGCAGAACGCUCUGGGGCAGAACGCCCAGGGGCAGAACGCCCUGGGCAGAACGCCCUGGGGCAGAACGCCCUGGGGGCAGAACGCCCAGGGGCAGAACGCCCUGGGGCAGAACGCCCUGGGGCAGAACGCCCUGGGACAGAACGCCCUGGGGGCAGAACGCCCUGGGACAGAACGCCCUGGGGGCAGAACGCCCUGGGGGCAGAACGCCCUGGGGGCAGAACGCCCAGGGGCAGAACGCCCUGGGGCAGAACGCCCUGGGGGCAGAACGCCCUGGGGGCAGAACGCCCAGGGGCAGAACGCCCUGGGGCAGAACGCCCUGGGGGCAGAACGCACAAGGACAGAACGCCCUGGGCUGUUCCAGUACCAGCUGCCCCAGCGCCAGCUGUUCCAGUACCAGCUGUCCCAGUACCAGCUGCCCCAGUACCAGCUGUUCCAGUACCAGCUGUCCCAGUACCAGCUGCCCCAGUACCAGCUGCUCCAGUACCAGCUGUUCCAGUACCAGCUGUUCCAGUACCAGCUGUCCCAGUACCAGCUGCCCCAGCACCAGCUGCCCCAGUACCAGCUGUCCCAGUACCAGCUGCCCCAGCACCAGCUGCCCCAGUACCAGCUGUCCCAGUACCAGCUGCCCCAGCACCAGCUGCCCCAGUACCAGCUGUCCCAGUACCAGCUGCCCCAGUACCAGCUGCUCCAGUACCAGCUGUUCCAGUACCAGCUGUUCCAGUACCAGCUGUCCCAGUACCAGCUGCCCCAGCACCAGCUGCCCCAGUACCAGCUGCCCCAGUACCAGCUGCCCCAGCACCAGCUGCCCCAGUACCAGCUGCCCCAGUACCAGCUGCCCCAGCACCAGCUGCCCCAGUACCAGCUGCCCCAGCACCAGCUGCCCCAGCACUAG